UGACUGUGACAGCCGCCUGCGCCGCUGCCUCACACCUCGUUUCCUCUUUCCCGCCCCUCGCGGCGCAGAUCCCGAAGAUACGGAACUUAGCCGAAUUCUCGCUUCGAAGAAGAAUUGGGACUUGGGACUUUACCGGGUGGAUUACAAAGGAUCGGUUUUCACGGACGACGAACCUUUUGGGAAGCAAAGGAGGGAAGGAACUUUUCCGGUGUAAACGAUGACCAAUACCAACACAUCCCUGUGGAGCUAUGUCUCCACCAUGCCUCCGGAGAGGUUCAAUGGCUUGUAUGAAGAAUUUCCACAUACUCUACGUUGUAUCCUAGGGGAAUGGCUGGAAACUGAGCCAUGGGAAUUUAUCAACAGAUCAGAUUCUUUCUGUACUCUUCUGGCUGGAAGGCUGCUGUCUGCCAUGGUGGAGAAGAUACGAGAUCUUGCCAACAAGAACUGCAAUUCUGCUGCUCAGAUUCUUCAGUUUGUUGCCAACAUUGAGAGCAGAUAUCGGAAAGAUCCACUGCAACUGGCAAAUAUUAUAAAAAGGAUCUUGGAAGCAGAGCAAACAGCAGUUCACCAGCAGCAUCAACAUCUUCCCCUUGUCAUCGAACGUCAGCGGGAAGAACUGAUGUUUCGAUUCAGCCUACAGAAGCUGCAGUACAGACUUCAGGAGAUUCAAGCUCUCUGGGAAAGCUUCCAGCAGAUGAAGGGCAACACCAGAGCUCCACUGUCACAAAAUUCAAUGGACUGUCAAUUUCCAAUGCAAGAGAACCUGCCAGCAAGUUCUCUUCAAAGCCUUCAAGGACUGUUCAUGACGAUGGACAAUGAGCUAGAAGACACCAAGAAGAAGGUUCUAAUGAGGCUUCUGAUUUGGAAGAGGCAGCAGCAACUGGCUGGGAAUGGAAGUCCAUUUGAUGAGGACUUGUCCCCGCUACAAAAGAGGUUGGAAUCCCUGGUAGAUAUUUUGUUCCAGUUUCGCCAGCAGUUGAUCACGUCUGGAAUUGAGCUUCAAUCUCAUAUUCGAGAACAUCUUGAUGAUGCAUUCAACUCUCUUAUACAAAAUUCCUUCUUGGUGGAAAAACAGCCUCCGCAAGUUUUAAAAACGCAGACCAAAUUUCAAGCCAGUGUCCGCUUCCUGCUGGGACCUCAGUUACUCAAGCAUCCGGCAACAUCAUUUCUGGUCACGGCUGACAUUGUGACAGAGAAACAGGCCCGGGAACUGACUGCCAACCAUUCUGCCUCCGUCUUUCGUGAAAGCACUGGAGAGAUUGUAAACAACACAGCGUCACUGGAUAUAAAUGCCUCCAGCAAUUCUUGUACUGCUCAGUUCAAAAAUUUGCUUCUCAAAAAGAUCAAGCGUUGUGACCGCAAGAGUACAGAAUCCGUAACAGAAGAGAAAUGUGCUGUCCUCUUCAGUACCACCAUUUGCCUUGGACCAAACCAAACCAACUUCCACCUAAAGGCUCUGUCGCUGCCGGUUGUGGUGAUUGUCCAUGGAAAUCAGGACAACAAUGCCAAAGCCACCAUCUUAUGGGACAAUGCCUUUGCUACUCCCGAUCGUAUUCCCUUUGUGGUGGCUGAGAGUGUUAGCUGGAAGGCAAUGUAUGACACUCUCAAUCAGAAGUUCCUUGCUGAGGUGCAAACCACAAAAGGUCUACUCAAGGAUCAUUAUUUCUUCUUGGCCCAGAAGAUCUUUGGUGACAACAUCACCACUCUAGAGGAACUGCAGAGAUGCCGCGUGUCUUGGUCCCAAUUCAAUAAGGAGAUGCUUCCCGGUAGAGGAUUCACAUUUUGGCAAUGGUUUGAAGGCAUUCUUGACCUCACCAAGAAAUACCUGAAGAACUAUUGGUCUGACAGAUUGAUCAUGGGCUUUGUCAGCAAGCAAUAUGUUUUCAAUUACCUGAGCAAUGCGCCAGCUGGGACUUUCCUGUUACGUUUCAGUGACUCUGAGAUUGGUGGCAUCAGCAUCGCCUAUGUUAAAUGCUUCCAAGAUGGUUCCACUCAAGUGGAGAACAUCCAGCCAUUAACGGCAAAGCAAUUGUCCAUUCGUUCACUGGCUGACUGCGUUCUCGAUCUCGCACAGCUCCAUAUGCUUUAUCCUAACAGGCCCAAACACGAGGCUUUCAGGAGAGACUACAACACAGACACACGAAAAAACACCAGCAGUUAUGUCCCAGCCAGGUUAACGAUAACUGUAGACACACCCUGCUCAUUCCCUACAAUUCAGAAACCAGUUGACACUCUGGCCGGCUCUAAUGUGAAUCUUGCAGUCCAUUCUGAUUCAACUUAUCAUAACCCACCAGUCAUGGUUCAGUCAUCCAUCGAGACAUCUUUACCCGACAACACAAUGUAUGAAAACUCACAGUUGCCAUUUGAAUUAAUUUUGGGCAAUGCUUCACCUCUUGGUUCAGUGGAUUCAUACUCCUUAUGCCCAGAUGUAGAGAUGCCGGACCUCUCUAUGCCCACUGAGAACACCAUAACAUACCCUGGGAAUCUUCAGCUCCAUGUGAUGGCAGACCCAUUAAGGGUGCCUGAGACUAUUUCCCCACCUUCCAGUGAAGAGUUUGAAAAGCUUCUGCAUCCAGACCAAGACCUGCAUCCGGACCUUCACUUUUGCCAUAAUCCAGUGUGACUCAUUUUUAUGUGCUUGUCAUCUUUCGCUCUCAUACCUUGGAGAUGCUUUAUUGGACCUUUGAUGUACUUCUCCCUAUCAAGCCUGGACAUCAACUGUGAUAGCUGGUAACCCAGAAGACUUACCGUGUACAGAAAACUACUCCUGGGCCCAUCUGCGUAUCUACUUCAUCCUGUUACAUCUUUGCAAGCUCUUUUGAACCAAGACCCACUCAAGUUGUCUGCUAAGUCAGGCACAUGCCAUGAUAUAUAGCUCCGCCUAUAUUGUCACCGCAGCCAAUGGAGCAAGAGAGGGUUUCCCAUUCACACACAUCUCCCUUUCGGUGGGCAAUAAUGUCUGGGGGAAGGGGGACAGACAUGAUGCACUAGCACCCAUGUGUUUUACUGCUUAUCUGCAUUACCUCUGGAUCACAAGGGAGAGUUGGUGGUUUUCCAAUUAUAGCAUGUUAGAUUGACUUUUAUCAUUAUCAGCAGCCAAGACAGAAAACAUUUCAUCAGGAACUUCAGAAGAAAAUUUCUUUGUUUAACUAAUGUAGGUAAGGUCUUGAUUGGGCUGCCGCUUCUUUCGUGUAUUUAGAGGGGUCAGUUGGGCAAAUGGAAAUAUUCCAAUGGAGCCUUCAUUAUUUUUCAUUUCUCCUUUGGAGGAAGACUGCUGCCUCCCAGAAUUUAACAUUCCACAGAGCCUUUCUCCCUAUCAUAUAGAAUUGUUAGGCAGAGUGAGGCGACCAUCUCAGCCCAAAACAAGAGCAAUGGCAGGGAGGUGUUGAAUGUCACAUGGUUUGCCUUGCCAAUUUGCCAAACUAACCUACUGCUUAGGUAUGGUGGUGAAUGCAAUCUUCUCACCAAGUUUUUAUCCCGUUUGGAGGGGGUGGGGGGGGAGAGGGAUUCAAUUUUCACUCAAAACAGCUGCAAAAUACUUUGGGCCAGCUUUGCCAACUUGCAGUUCCUUUACAAUAGAUGGAGCCUAAAUUCUUUACAACUUUUUUUUUUCCUGAUCGUUAAUUUGGGGCUCUUGAGAUAUGGACUGUAACACCUGUGCCAUUUUUCCCAGGUAGGAUAAUGUAAAAUUCAGAUUUCCCCUAUAUCAUCAGCUGGCACAGCCCAACGUUUUAUACCAGCUUUCCUGUUGUAGACUCUAUUCUUAUUUGCCAAGAUCCUGGUAAAAGGGGAAAUGUAAAAUAACGCAUAAAGUAAGACUUUAUUCCAAAAUAACAAAAUAAAUAAUCUACUGUAUACAUUACAAAUGAAAGGAUGCUAAUUUUCCUAUAAAGACACAAAGGCUGUAGGGUAGGAGAUGGGGAUUUGACUUAAUAGCAGUUAAGUAUUAAUUUUAACUCAAUGGGAAUUCCAAGGCUUAUCUGAACAAUUUGUGUUUUGCAAGUCAGUUUAUUCCAGAAAAUGUUGCUUUCAGACUGCUUUGAAGGAGAUUAAUAUCUUUAUCUCAUACUGUAAUGCUGUAAUUAUGAGCAAAAAAGAAUGGAAGAACAUUAUUUUCCUACAAUCCCUGAUGGGGAAACAGAUUCUCUCCUGUCCCAGAGCCAGACAAUUCCUUCUUUUUAAGCUUUUCUCAAUUUCAGCAUCACCCCUAUUCCCCAUUCAUUUCUUUGGCAAAAACAGGACUAUACCACUGAGAAAGCCUUGUUAGGAAAUGCUCUCCCCUAUUCCCUCAAAUAAGAGUUGUAAAGUUAGUGUUCCCUUAGAGCAGGGGUGUCAAACUCGUGUCACCACGGCGUCAUCACAUGACAUACUGCCAUUUCCCCCUUCGCUAAACCGGUGUGGCCAGCGCAUGACACAUCCAGCCCACGAGUUUGACAGCUCUGCCUUAAGAGCAGUAAAUUUAAUUAUAAUUUGCUCCUCUCACAUGUGUGUUUAUUAAGGGCACCGAAUCCAACUUGUUCCUCUCAACAGGUGAUUUCUCCAGAAAUAUCUCUUCCGAUUCCCAUUCUCAGCAAAUACAGCAGUUACUAUAUAUACCAAACCGUCGAGGUGUGUGUGUGUGUGGGGGGGGGGGGGGGGGUCAGACACGAACCUGAAACUAGUAAGAGAUUCAUCCUGCAGACUUACAAAAGCCUGUAGUUUUUUCAUUAGCUGAUUUUACUUUCUAUGAAAUUGCUUCAAAAUGGAAGAUCCAAAAUGGAGGAUCUUCCAUUUUCUGCAUGUCGUUAAAGAGAUCAGCCCAUCUACUUCUCGCUAUGAUGGCACUGGUUUCCUCUUUGCUGUUCAUUCCUUUUCCCAAUUACAGGAAUUUGAAGUGGUAAGGAAGAAAAGUACAGGUAAUCCUCAACACACAACCGUUUCUGCUAAAAUGGCACUGAAAAAAAUGACUUACAAAACCAGUCCUUGCACUUACAACUGUGACAGCAUCCCCAGUCACAUGACCAAAUUCUGGCAUUCGGAAACCGGCAUAUUAUUUGAUGGUUGCAGCAUGGGGGGGGGGGGAGGAGGCAUUACAUAAUCAUCACUUGUGACCUACCCAGGUGCUUUCCAACAAACAAAGCUGGAUUUACUUCACUGCAGUGGUUUGCUUAACAACUGUGACAAACAAAAACUAUUGUAAAAUCAGGCACGAUUCAUUCAACUACCUUGUUUAACAAGACAAAUUCUGGUCACAAUUGUGGUUGUAAAUUGAGAUUACCUGUAUAAAUAACUCUGAGAAUAGGAGCGAGAAGCCUUAGGAAAUGAGUAGGUAGUACUGAGAGAGAAUGAUGUUCCACCACCUGACUCUCAGCAAGGCCUCCCUCUCCGCCCCUUUGUCAGAUCCUUUAUAAAUUCAAAGUGUUCUGGUAGAAAAGGGAUGGAUUCUGAUAUUAAUUCACCCCCCCUGCAUUAAUGGUUUUGAUAGAAUACAGGUAGUCCUCAAUUUACAACAGUUCAUUUAGUGACUGUUACGGCACUGAAAAACGUGACAUACAACCGUUUUUCGUAGGACCACUGAAGCAUUCCCCAAGGUCACAUGAUCAAAAUUCAGAUGCUUGGAAACUAUUCCGUACUUAUGACAUGUUCCGGGGUCAUGUCAUCCCUUUUUGAGACCCUCUUGACAAGCGAAGUCAAUAGGGAAGGCAGAUUCACCGAAGAGCUGUUUUUCUAACAUAACCGCAGUGAUUCACUUAACAAAUGUGUUAAGGAAAGUCAUAAAACGGGGCAGAGCUCACUAAAUAAAUGUCUCGCUGGGCAACAGAAAUUUUGGGUUCCAUGACGGUCGUAAGUCAAGGACUACCUGUACCCAAAUUAAAACUGCUGCUGGGAUGCAGUUUAGUGUGGAGGCAGUUGUUGCUAGUGUGCAGCUGGCAGCUGUACACCAUCCAGCUGGCACCAUCCAGGCGGCAGCCGUUCAAUUCUUAUUUUUAAUGGGGUAAACUUCUAGCCGCCCUAGAGCCAUUAGGAAACAAAAUACCUCCAAGCAUUCCAAAUCCAGCUGAACAGCAAUCUGGUGAUUCACCACAAUAUAAAAUCAGCAGGCAAGAACAGUCAUGAGGAUAUUUUCAGCAUGCCCCAGUUCUCCUGAUCUGAGGACCAUCCUUGGACUUAAAAGUGACUGCUGGGACCAUAUUCCAAUGGAGGGGAGGGGAGGGGAGACAAAAACUGAAUUUAAUUCAAUUUACACAUUUUGCUUAGUUAUACAGAUAGCAUAGUAAUCUCUGGUGUCUUUGACACAGUUUUUUCUCCUUCUGUCACAUCAAGAAUUAUCCUUUCUAUGGCAAUUUGCAAAAUGGUUUGCAGGGUGUGUGUGCUAAAACAAUCCUGGGGAUGCAGGUUCAGCGCGUACAGGAAACAUCUGUGACAAAGACUGAAGGGCAGCGACAAACAUGUUUCAUGUGUAUGCGUGUGGUUGAGAGUACGGGAGUAUUGGAGACAAUUUGGGAACAAGAUGUAUUGUUUAUGGCCAAUCACUUAUACGCCUUUCAAUAAAAUAUGUACAGGAUAUUUAUGUGCUUUUUUUAAUGGCUA